GUAAACCUUGAUUAGAAAGAAAAACAGCUAAAAUAAUGUGAUGGUGCCCUGCUCUGAGAAACCUGAAAUAAAAUCAGAAUCUGCAUAACUUGUACAGCACCAGCGUACAAACUGCUAAUGCUGUAUAGUGAUAAAUACCAACACUCAUAUCUGUGUUUGUGUGUGUUUUGGUAAAGUCAGCCGACUGUACCGGAAGUUAGAGUUGCUCCUUCAAAAUAAAACCACAUAUUACAGUGAUAAAUCUAAGACAAACACGGCAACUUAAUUAGUGAAAUGACUCGAUCAUCGUGGUCAUUGAUGUAUAAGUUACACGUCAAACUAAUAAUUAAACGUCAUGUAGUAGCUGGUGUCACAUUCAUGUUAUGUUAGUCGGCAAUAUUUGAGCUACGCACUCAAGUAAAACAUGCUACCUUACUAAAGCUAACCGGACAUAUUUUGCUUAGCGUUAGCUUCACGCUGGUUAGCUUGACGGUAGCUAUCCCGGCGAUAAGGAAGUUAAUCUUCACGUUUUUGGACCAAAUCCCAACUUCUCUGUCCUGUGACUCCUGAGCCCUGACACGCAGCUGGAGGAGUUACAGCAGAGCUCAGAGGAGACUACAAAGCAGCUGCUGACUGUGUGUGUGGAGGAUGUCUUCUUCAUCAUCAUCAUUAUUCUUCAACCAAGACAGUGUCACUCGCUUCAAGAAGAGAAAAGCCCGGUUCUCAUUCAGCGAAGUCCACAUACUGUUGGAUGAAGUGAGGAAGCAUCGAAUGGUUGUUGUGGGCAAAUUCAACCGUGGUGUACCAACAGAUGUGAAGAAGCACACAUGGGCAGAGAUUACCGCACGUGUCAAUGAGAUUGGAGAGUGUCAACGUGAAGUCAUUGAGGUCAUCAAGAAAUGGUCGGACCUCAAGUGUGACACCAAGCGGAAAGUGGCUGCCAUGCGGUCAGGGACAGUGCCCAAUAGGGGCCUCAACUCACGUCUUUCCCGAGACCUUAACCAGACAGAGAAAAUAGUGCUUCAGAUCCUGGAGAUGGGCGAGGAAGACCAUAACAUGGGUGACUUCGGCCCUCUGGGAGAUGAUGACGAUGUGCCAGAUGAGGAAGAAGAAAUGGAAGAGGAGGAUAUGAUGGGAAUGCAGAAUUCUCCUAACGGCGCGUUGGACAUGUCAUCUAUGCCUCCACCAACCUCUUACUCCAUUGGUGGACUUGCACAGUCAGGAGACUCAUCACAACCUUCCUUCGAUGUGCAGUAUGAAGUACCUGCCACGGAAGACGCUGAAGCUGCAUUUGCAGACUCAGACGAUGACCAAAGGGAUGACGCACCUCCUUCCACUCAGGCAUCAAAACCAACAGAGGACCAUCUAGUAAACAACGGCAUCCAGAAACAAGGACGACCUCAGACGCCCUCUGGACCUUCAACCUCAACAGCCACGCCUUCGCUGCCAGGUCAGCCCUCACAGAACAUGAGGGACAGCAUCCUGCAUAGUGCAUCGCUGAGCCUUCAAGAGCAACACGCCACCAACAUCCUGCUGGAGACGGUUUCACGCUCCCUGGAACUCCUGUCUGAGUCGGUGCAGCAGCUGGCGGAGACUCAGCAGGAGUUUGUGCGGGAGUCGCUGCAGCUCCAGCGGGAGACGGUGCAGGUUCUCAGAGACUUCACAGGUGGAGCCAUUGCGCUCAUGCAUGACAAACUGAACGGACGGCCAGCAUUAUAGCAAUAAAGCGUCAGAGUUGUAAAGUUGUAUCACUGACUUCAUACAUGGCCUUCAGGCACAGGAUUUUUUUUUAAGUUCCUCUGGACUCCAUUGCUGGUUACUGUAAUUUUUGAUAAUCCUCAACAGAUUUUCCUUGGCUAUAUUUUAAAACGGAAUUCAUCGAACUGCAUUGAUGGCAUCUCCGUGGUUACAUGAAAAGGAUAUAGUGUUCGUUAUAAAGAAAGAUCGUGUGGAGGAUUUUUUUUUUUUGCUACUGAAAGUGAAACUCCUUCCACUUGCAUUGUAAAACAUUUUUUAUUACGCUUACACCACUUUUAAAGCCUUUACAUUGUUUUAAUGUUGAGAUUCAAAGGAUGAAUCUAAUUUUAAAAAGUCAGUUAAAUCCACGUGUGUGUCCUUGUAUAAGUUGUAGCUUUCUCUUGCAUCAGUGUCUGGAGAUAAUCACAUGUACUGUAAUGGUAAGUGGAUUUCUGCACUUGACCAUUAUAUGGUCCAUUUCUCGAAAGGCUAAACAAGGUGUGUUAAAUAGUUGGAAAAUACCUGUAACUGAAUACUUUGACUGUCUGAUUUAGGUUUUUUACAUUACAAACAUGAACACUUGAAUAUGAAAGUUUCAAUAAUUUCUUUUAAAACAUGGAAUAAACUACUGCAUUUAAACAGACCAGAAUUCCGACAUAAUUCAGAUAUCACGUCAUCAAUACAAAUGCCCUUGAAUGGUUGAUCAAAAAAAUGUCAAGCUCAACUGAAGAUGGUACAUUGGAAAUUUAAAAAAAUAUGAAUUGCUUCACAGACUGGUUGUUUAAAUAAACCCAUGAGAGGAACCUUAAUAAAGUGUAAAAAAAAUACAGCUGGACCUCAAAGGAAAAAUCAAAUGCUAUUCAAUGUGUUUUCAUUGUCAUCAAAUACCAUCGAAAGACCAAAAACUAGUAAACCAAAGUAUUGUCUGUGUGCUGUGUCCUCUGUGCCCUUUAGUCCUAUUCAUUGUUGUCCAGAAACUAUUAAAACACAUUGAUGAGCCACACUUUUGCCCUGGGUGACAUGUUCCUUCACAAUGAUGAACAUGAGCAUUGUAGUUUUAGUUGAUCUCUCGUACCAUGUCCUGCUGCUGUAAAUAUUCACUGCAGCACCAAGUGUGUAUAAAUCCGCUGCUGAAAAUAGACCCCAACAAGUGUGUAGUAUCCUUUCAGAAGCGUUUUCCAGCUGAUUAAGGAAAUUACAGGACAUUUCAAUUAAGACUUUAUAAUAUUUGUGAUCCAGUUUUAAACAUUGAGCUAACAGUCUUGGGGCUGAGAGCCACAGGAAAGGUUAGGGAGGUCUGAAAGUUGAGAGGCAAUACAUUGGCUUUGGUCUUCUUUUGGGAUCUGCUGACAGACAGAAAAAUAUAAACACCAGAUUUGUCCUAAAGGUAUUGUCCUUCAUGAGGUGAGGACAUGCGAUAUCACAGCUUCAUUAACCAUCCUUAACUGAAACAACUACUGAUGUUAGUUGGAGUUCAGCCACUUCUGCAGGUACAUAAAAUGUGCAGUAGGGGGCUCUGCUGCACAGUCUGCCUGAGAACUAGCAAACAAAAUACAGAAAUUGUCCCAGUGUGUCUCUAGUGUUUCCUCAAUGUGAUGUAGUGUAAUGCGAUAAACAAUCAAAAACAUUUUUCGAUUGUGGUGUUUAGUCAUUAAGUGGCAUGAAUCAUCCCCUUGUCAUGUCUGAACUAAGAGCUUAAUUUCUUCUUCUAAAAGAUUUGAAAAUAAUUUUUAAUAUUAAAACUGAUGGGAUGUUUUUAUCAUUACUCUCUCAGCUUUAUAACUGAAACUGUUUAUAUUACGAUAAAUGGGUCACGGAUAAAACCAGUUUGAGUUAUUGAGUGUGAUUGGUGAAGGUCAGUGAAGAUGCAGACGUGCUCCUGGCAGCCUCAUCAGUUAAAAUAAUGGGUGUACUAUACAACACUUUGUUGAAUAACAUUUGUCCUAUGAUUCCACAUCAUCCAAAAACUGCUGAUGAUGGAAGCCUCCAAUGAGGAGGACAAGUGAGGUCUGUUAUGUUGUUAUUGUUGCGGCUGUAUGUGUUCCUGUUCUGUGUCCCUGUUUUCUCUUGUCUCUCCUCUAGCUCCACCCCGAUUAAACCGAUCAGUCAUCAAUGAGGGGCACCUGGCCAGUGGAUUGAGGUUCUUUAAAAGCUCCUGUUUCAGGCUCAGAAAAGAGGCUUCCAGUGUGGGGACUGCUGGUGCUGCUGGGCUGCAGCCUGGGAUUUUAAACAUUGUAUGUACUGUGUUGUUUAAUGUUAAUAAAUCCCGUGGUUUGGGCUCUUU